AUCCAUAGUGCGAAGGCUUCCUUUUCUCCGUUUUUCCUACAGGAUGGCAUUCUUCAAAUAUCUUCGCUCUGUUAAGAAUGAGCUUAUCCUAUUCUCAGCUCCGUUUCUUCUUCUUCCACUGCCUUUAGUGAUCGGAACAUCGGAGGCAGAAUGUGCCUAUGUGAUAGUCCUGAUGGCUGUUUUCUGGUGCACAGAGGUUCUACCACUGGCUGUAACAGCUCUGCUCCCAGCUCUCCUUUUCCCCCUGUUUGGCAUCAUGAAAUCCAAGGACGUGUGUAUGCAGUACCUGAAGGACACAAACCUGUUGUUUGUGGGGGGACUGCUGGUUGCAGUAGCAGUGGAGCACUGGAAUCUGCACAAGCGCAUCGCCUUGAGGGUGCUGCUCUUUGUUGGUGUGCGUCCAGCACUUUUGAUGUUGGGUUUCAUGGGUGUGACAGCCUUCUUGUCCAUGUGGAUCAGUAACACGGCUACCACAGCAAUGAUGGUGCCUAUUGUCCAAGCAGUGCUGGAUCAGCUCAACAAAAGCGAGGCAGAGAUACCUCAGAUCCUCAGCUCAGAGGAGCAGGUCCAGACAACAGACACGGAAAGCAAACAGCCUCCGCAGACAGAGAAACAGAGUGAGGGACAAGGCCCAGUAGUGGUGACUUUCUUAGAUGUUGCAGUGGAGGCUGCCAUGCAUAAACAGGCAGCAGAAAGGCAGAGAAUGUGUAAAGGGAUGACCCUGUGUGUUUGUUACGCUGCCAGCAUCGGCGGCACCGCCACACUGACAGGAACCGGCCCCAAUCUGGUGCUCAAGGGCCAGAUGAACCAACUCUUUCCUCAAAACGGAGAUGUGAUUAACUUUGCCUCCUGGUUCGGCUUUGCCUUUCCUAACAUGAUCCUCAUGCUCACACUGGCCUGGCUUUGGCUGCAGUUUGUCUUCAUGGGAUUCAACUUUAAGAAGACGUGGGGCUGUGGGGCUGUGAAGACAGAGAAGGACAUCGCUGCCUAUAAUGUGAUCCGAGAGCAACAUCGCCUGCUGGGGCCCAUGUCCUUUGGAGAGAUAAAUGUCCUGGGUCUCUUCAUUCUGCUGGUGGUGCUGUGGUUCACAAGGGACCCAGGUUUUGUUAACGGCUGGGCGACAGAUAUCUUCAACUCCAAAGCAGAGUAUGUGACAGAUGCCACAGUUGCAAUCUUCAUUGCCAUCCUUCUCUUUGUUUUACCCUCCAAACCCCCACAUUUCUGUUCAUGGAGGACUCAAAGAUUUGACACAGCACCCCAUCAAACUGUUUGCCCAACUCCACCUCUGCUCACCUGGAAAAUAGCCCAAAAGAAGUUACCAUGGGGCAUUGUGCUUCUCCUUGGAGGAGGUUUUGCUCUGGCCAAAGGCAGUGAAGAAUCAGGACUCUCAAAAUGGAUAGGAGAUCAAAUGACUCCUCUGCAAAAUAUUCCUCCCUGGGCAAUUGCUAUCAUCUUAUGCCUGUUGAUUGCUACCUUCACAGAGUGCACCAGUAAUGUGGCCACUGCGACGCUCUUCCUACCUGUCUUAGCCUCAAUGUCUCAGUCCAUUGGAAUCAAUCCACUGUACGUCAUGGUGCCUUGUACUCUGAGUGCCUCUUUUGCCUUCAUGCUGCCUGUUGCUACGCCUCCAAACGCUAUUGUCUUCUCUUAUGGGUACCUCAAGGUUGCUGACAUGGCCAGGACAGGAAUAAUCAUGAACAUCAUUGGCAUCCUUUGCAUUACACUGGCCAUCAACAGCUGGGGCAAGGCCAUGUUUGACCUGGACUCCUUCCCUUCCUGGGCCAACGUUACUGGGGUGUGAGCCUAAUUCGGUCAUAGGAGAUAAUCCACGAACACCCUGCUCUCCCUAUACACAGGUGCAAAACAUACACCCCGGGUCAGAGCGACAGCAUGAGACCACACGGUGGACUGCAUGCGUCCGAUUGCUGCUAGAACACAAGCCUUUCAUUGCUUGUUUUCGAUGACACCUGAGUCUUGCUUGUGAA